AACUUAAAAAUGGUCAAACGCAUAUUGGGGUGUAUUAGUAUUCAUUUCAUAUAUAAAGGAAUAGUUCCAAAUACUUUAAAUAGUUUUUUCACAUCGGUUAAACAAUAAUUAUUAACUUACAAACAGAAAACUGACAUGUUGAUACAUCGGUGCUAUUAAUAUUUACGUCUGAAGCUCCGAUUAUCGUCUUUAAAUAAAAUAUCGUUUGUAUAUAAAAAAAACAAACAAUCCAGUUAUUACUGCCUAUUGCCUUCCAUACAAAUACAAAUUUAAUUUUGCCAAGAAGUCACGAAGUCAAAUCAACCGGGUUCUUUAUUUAUAAUACAGCUAAAUCAAUUAUUCGUGUCCUUUUAAACAUAAACAUUGCGUAUUUAGUUAUAUCUGAAAUAAUAAAACGACAGUUUCGUUUUUAAUUCUUUACAGUGUUUGCGAUCAGUAUUUGUAAACUGCGCCUGCGUAGACUAGUAAAGCGUGUUGUUCGUCUCCAGGACAACGGGUCUCUUUAAGCUUUAAGGGCUGCAGAGGAAAUAGAAGAAGAUUAUGUGCUCAGGUGUUACUCCGCAGACUGUCUGGACUCUGUGACAAAUAUAGUAGAUGGAAAAACAGUGACCAGGCUCGAUGACUUCUAAUUUCAGGGAAUUCAACUGAAAAGGAGAAGUGCUGCACGUAAUUAACAGCUGUCGUUGUAGACUAUGAAUGAAGACAUUGACUCAAAGUCACACGAGGAGUAUGAGGAUGACUUCGAGAAGGAUUUGGAUUGGCUGAUAAACGAGGAAGGCUGGAGGGAGGAUCGUCAGGACUCUGAGUGUAAAACUCUUGAGGCAGAAAUUGACAAAGAACUGGCAGAGGAUGAGAAACUACCGGCAAAAACAACAAAAGAAAGACACAAUGAAAGAAACGGUACAAAGAAAGAAGAGCUGGGGGAUGAAGAAGACAGGUGGCCCCCACCGAUGGAGUCACUGGAGGAUGAUUCAGACAAAGACAGUCCUCCGUCCAGUCCUACUGAAGGGGUCAAUGAGCAGACGGAUGAGGAAAAAAAAUAUAUCCUUGAAAAGAUCCAGCAAGCUAAUAAAGAGCUGCAGGACCAGGAAGCUCCAGAUGAUACCAGACGCAGGAGAUUGCAUUUCAAAGAAACACUCGUAGACCUGGUGGUGCCUCCUCUGAAGUUUGGUGAUGCAGAAGGAGGAAAAGAGAACACACAUAAGCAGACAGACGCAGACACGGCGGAAGAGAUGGUCUCAGGGAAACUUUUAGAGCUAAAACUUUCUCCUCAUGAUGGAAAUGAAGGCCCUGACAAGCUCAGGUGUGAUGGUGAGCAGGAGGUGAAGGAAGGGAGGGUCCUUGUAGAAAAGGACGGGAAAUUUGACCUAGUCAGCCUUGAAGAGUUGGAGAGUCAAGGGCUUCUGCCUCCUAUUCCGAACAACGGAAUCGACUCAGGUAAAAUACGCAGCUCCUCUUCCUCCACCUCCUCUCUACGUUCUCGUGCUGGCUCCUCUUGCGUUAAGCAGGGUGUUGAUAACCUCCGAGCUCCAAGACCUCCAGCACAGCCCAGGAUCAGGCCCAGCUCAGCCAGUCACAGUCAGAGAGGGAUUCAGAGAAAGGACAACAGGAGGCGGGUGCAGUCGGCCACUGAGACCCCUUACCACUCCACAUACAUGCUCUCCCCUCAGCAGAAGGAGCUGCUGCAGAGGAUCCAGGAGAGAAAGGACCGGCUGGCCAGAGAGGAAGAGCAGAAGAAACAUGAGGAAGAGGAGCAGAGGAGGCAGGAGAAUGAGCUGGCCUUCAAAGGUUGGCUGUUGAGGAAGAGAGGGCAGUAUCUGGAGGAGAGGAGGAUCCUCCGAGCUCAAGAGAUGGAGAGGAGGAAUUCUAAGAAAGACUCUGGGAGCUGUGACUCAGAGGAAGCCUUCAAGCUGUGGCUCCAGAGGAAACAGGAGCAGCGGCAGAAAGAGAAGCAGCUGCUGGAGCUGAAGAAGCUGGAGGAGGACAGUAGUUACCUCCUACACAGCCGAGAGGAGUGUGAACGUGCCUUCAAACUGUGGCUAAGGCGAAAGUGGGUGGAGAAGCGAGUAGAGAAGCAGGCAGCUCAAGAUCACUCCCGCAGGAUGGUGCUGGAGGAGAGGCGAGCGCGACGCCUGAGGGACCUGCAGAGUACUUUCAAUGAAACCAAGCCAUUCAGACACAGUGAACCGCUGACCUAUCAGUUCUGAAACCAAACCACCAAACAGGUUUGCUGACCACAUCAGGUAGUGACCGGAUUCUUGUCCCAUUCAUGCACUAAUUGAACCACAGCACUAAAGUGAAGAUGGAGCAAGUGACAUAUUUUCAUCCUGUGUUCAGGUGUAUUAUUUUACACAAACCCCUUUGUGUGAAAAAAGGUCUCCUGAAAAUGCAAAAAUCAACUUAAAUAUUUAUCAUUUAACAGACAGGAGACGCAGACAACUUAGUAAUUUUACUGCACAACAAAAUUCUAAUGCGGAAAAUAAAUUGGGAAAGAGGUUAGCUCACUUGCCUUCCAAUAAAAAUCAACAGUUCGAUCCCCCUGUAAUGGACUGGUGAACCAGGGUGUAGCCUGCAUUUCC